UGAAGGGUUGAAAUGCAACUUGUGCCUAACCACAUGAGCGGACCAAUUUAGGGUCAUUCGGCGACCACACGCAACCGACCACCGACGUUUAGCAAUAUCUCACCGGCGGCAGAUCCGGCACCGGUAAUCACCGGUGACUUCUGAUCACUAACCAGGUGAGUUUAGUAUGAAUGAGAAAACCACAGCUGGAGGAGAGAUUCAGUUGAUUGAUCUUUCUAAUCUGUUGCAGUUGUUCUUCACAUCAGGCAGUAAUCAUACUCGAGUUUAAAUGAGUGGUGCUUCUACAUCUAGCAGCUUAAAAGUUGCAUUUUCACACUGCGUACAACAAGUCAGAAACUAUGACUACCAUCACUACCUCUGCCUUCUUGAACUGCCCGCAAGUAUACGGAGGGCCGGUUUUGCUCUCCGUGCGUUUAAUGUUGAAACGUCCCGAGCGAUGGACGUUGCAUCUGACCCCAAAAUCGGGUUGAUGCGUCUGCUUUGGUGGCAAGAUGCCAUUGACAAGAUCUUCAAGAAUAAAGUUAUCGAACACCCUACAGCACAGGCUCUUGCAUCUGUCAUAUCUGAGCAAAAAGUUAGCAAAAGCUGGUUGAAACGGUCUGUUGAGGCCCGUAUAAACGAUGCUCAAAGGGAUGUUGAUGAUAUUUAUCAAACAAUUGAAGAGUUGGAGAAAUAUGCAGAGGAUACUUCUUCAACUAUAUUGUAUACGACUCUUCAAGCAGGCGGUAUAACGUCCACUGCUGCAGAUCAUGCGGCUUCCCAUAUUGGGAAAGCAAGCGGGCUUCUUUUGCUCAUUAAGUCACUUCCUUACCAUGCAAACCGUAACCACCAGUUUUCUUAUAUACCGGUUAAAGUGGCUGAGAAACACGGGUUACUUUUAAAGCAAGGUGAGAAAGUGGAGAUAAGAACAGAUUCACGUGAGAAACUUUGUGAAGCGGUUUUUGAUAUGGCAUCAACGGCUAAUGCCCAUUUGCAGAAGGCUCGAGCCUUGGCUGAAUCAGUGCCUAAAGAAGCUCGAUCGGUUCUUUUGCCUGCUGUGGGGUCACAAGCUAUUCUGGAUUCUUUGAGUCGUGUGGGGUUUGAUGUGUUUGAUCCCAGGCUGAAUCGAGGGAUUUUGGGUGUGAAUCCGUUGUUUUUUCAGUUAAACUUGAAGUGGCAUUCAUGGAGGGGUGUGUACUAAUGGAUGUUUUUAGGCAAAUUGGAAAAUAAUAAUUCCAUCUUUCUGAAA